AUUAAAAAUCCCAGAAUUUUUCUAGUUUGAUUGUCAAUUAGAGUGUCUAAUUUGUGGAAAUUGUUCUUAAUUUCUCGGAUGAUUCACCGAACAAAAAUUAAUUAUGAACCAAAAAUUAUUUCUCCUGGUAGUGAGUUUUGCUUUGACUAUUAAUGUAGCGAAGUCGUGGAACUGGCACUUCAAGAACCUGCGUGGCCUGGACAAGGGCCACGACAAGUGCCGGAAGAUCUCCGAGACGAACAACAGCGAGAUCGUGCGCUACGUCCACCAAUCGUGCGCCAUGUUCCUCCGCCACUUCCACGCGAUCCCAUCCGAGUACCAGGAGCGCUGCCCUGGCGCCCGCGACGCCAAGUGCAGGCACCUUGACGACAAGUGGCGCUGCACGGUCAGGAUCAACCCCCAGAACUUGGCCGACCCCAAGAAGGAGGAACUGGAGACGGUGGCGCUUCGCUCCUGCUUAAAGACGAUCACCAAGUGGAAGGAGCUCAUUGAGCAAGAGUCCGUCACCACGGUGAAAAACUGGGACCACCUCGUGAGCAACGCCACUGUCGCGGUUGGAGCAGCUUCGGCGAAGGGGAAGAAGGAGGGCACUGCUGCAAGGAGCACUAUCGCGAUUGGAGGCGCCACUGUGGUACCGAAAGAGAUCGGGAAAGCUCCAGAAAAGACUAGCAGCCGCACCACAAAAUCUGUGCCGAGUCAAGCCGGCAAGCAAAAGAAACGGAAGAAACCGAUGGGGAACACCGCGAGACCUAAAUCAUAAACAUCAAGCUUUCUUGCAGGCAUUUCUUAAAGGACAAAUUUACAAGGUUGGUGACUGGAGGAACGGACGAAGAUGAUGACGAAUUUUACAACCGGUCGUUAGUCGACUUGCGUGAGCUUCUGACCGGACGGGACCCGUGCUACCCAGGAGACGAGAUCACCGCACCCUCUGAUACCCACAAGACAAAAUGCCGCCAACUGUUCGACAAGUUCGAGGAACUACCGCAGGACGCACGCUGGAACUGCCCGGACGCCAAAGACCCGGAUUGCCGGAGAAUAAACGCCACUUGGAACUGCACCGUCCGCGCGCGACCAGUGGGGAAAAUGGUCGACCACUCAUUUUACGAAACGCACGCACUGGCCACAUGUCUGCGCCAUCUCGAAGAUUGGGUCAAGCGUCCAACAAAAAAAAAACGAUGCCAUCCCACUAAAUGCAGUGCAAUGGGUUCAAAUCAUGGGAACUAAAUAUACGCUACCUCCAAA